UGCUUGCUCGGCUUGUCUGUCUUCUUCGUCCGCUGUUCUCGUUGUUGUCUUGCUGACGCACCAAUUUCACGCCACCGCACACACACACACACAUCACACAUCACACACAUCACGACCAUCAUGCUGGCCUGGUUUGUGUCGACCAUCUUCCCACUGGUGCUGGCCCUGUCCGGCAUGUGGGCGCGGGUGCUCGGGCUCGUGUCGCGUGUGUUCCCUCCGCUCGGCCGCCUGUACGACCUGGUUGCCACGACGGUGGUGUGCGCGCUGCGCCUGUUUGCAGGCAACACGUUUGCGUUCAACACACCCAAGCGGCGGGCGGAGAAGCCACCAAAGCCGCUUGUGCUGUACGAGUUUGAGGGUUGCCCCUUCUGCCGCCGCGUGCGCGAAGCGCUCUCCGUGCUCGCGCUGGAUGUCAUCGUGUACCCGUGCCCGCGCGAAACCCUCAAGCAGUAUGGUUUCUGCAAGGACUCCCGCUUCCGCCCCGAGGUGCUGGCCAAGGGCGGCAAGCUGCAGUUCCCCUUCCUCAUCGACCCGAACCAAGGCAAUCGCCAAAUGUACGAGUCCGACGCCAUCGUCUCCUACCUGUGGCAGACGUAUGGCGCGCGCGCCACCAAGCCCGCCAACUACGCCAUCGUCACCAGCAGUCUCGCCCGCGCCCUGGAGCUGCCCCUCACCAUGCUCGUCAACCCGUUCCUGCGCUGCCUACCGGAGCACGGCCACCUGCGCGUGCCCUCCAAGCGCCCGGAGCGCCCGCUGGAGCUGUGGGGCCACCAGGGCUCCCCGUUUGUGAUGAUGGUCCGCGAGCGCCUGUGCUCGCUCGAGCUGCCGUACCUGUACCACCACCUCCCGCGUGGCGACACAGAGGGCCGCCAGGACUUUAAGGACCGGUUCGGUGCCCGCAUCAACACGUGGCGCCGCACGCUCGGGUUUGUCAAGAUCCCGUUUCUCAUCGACCCAAACACGGGCGUGGAGCUCUUUGAGUCUGGGGACAUUGUGGCGUACCUUGACGAGCAGUACCGUGUUGGACCGCCGCCCAACGAGUCGUUUGCAGACUACUCUUCAAAGGGCGCCAGCAGCACACACGGCACGCUCGGCGGCCGCAAGCACGACUAGCCUGCUUCUGUAGCGUGUUGCGUUGUUUGUUUGUUUGUUUGUUUGUUUGUUUACGUGUGUGUGUGUGUGUGUGUGUGUGUGUGUGUGUGUGUGUGUGUGUGUGUGUGUGUGUGUGUGUGUGUGUGUGUGUGUGUGCGUGGUUGAUGCAACGAUUGGGUUGACCCCCUGUUCUUGUUCCUUUCACUGUUUCCUUCCGAUGUUCGUUCAUUGGCUUCCUCCCUCCCUCCUUUGUCGCGCCUGCGCGUUCAUGCGCCACGUUAAACCAGCUCCUCAUCUGUUACCACCUGAGCAAUUGCUUCCCAUGUAGCAUGUCACAUCACAUCACAUGACAUACAUAUCGCAUCACAACACCAUGUGGUCGUGUGGGCAGCAGAGAUGUG